UGCUUGACUUGAACGGUUGUCGUGUUUUGUUAUAAUUUUAUAAUUAAUGAAAACCAAAACUAAAUAAAUGUAAACAUUAACAACGAAUUUCAAAAAGUGCAGCGACAGUAACGUUAACGUCGUGUUCCAGAGUUAAGCCAUAUACUGUGAAGAUAAAUACAUUUUUAAGUGUCCGCCGUUGUCUAAAAGUAAUAGUGGGCUUUUCGUAUACUCUUCUCCAAAUGGGAUGCGAUAUUAAACAGCUAUUAAAAGAAUGGAAGUUGGAAAAUAUUUUGCCACAUUUACAAGCUGAAAAAAUCGAUGCUGAAAUUUUGGAGAUGAUUAAACUGCAUCAUAUACGAAUGCUACUACACAAUUUCCCUUUGGGAAUACAAAUACGUUUCGAACAUAAUUUAGAAGAAUGGCGCUACAACAUUGGCAAGCCACUGUAUGCUCAUAAAUGUUGUGUAGAAACAAACCAAUUUAUGGGCAACCAAUCUUAUAGCUGCAAUGUAACAUCAAAAGGAUACAAAGAAAAUGCAGUGAACUCAACGCAACAAAAUUUAGCACAAAAAGGAGUUCCACAUAUAAAAAAUGUGACUGAGCACACAGAAGAUACGCCUGAGCAUGACAGCAACAAUGCUCUUCUCAUACCCAUUUCGAAUAAUAAUACACCUCCCGAAACCCCAAAUACAAAUCAUUCACUGGAAUCUGCAUCUGAGUGCCAAGCGAAGAGUUCCAUAGCGUCUGACUCAAAUGCUUCCACAGAGACAGUGAAGCAGCAGCUCUGUAUAUAUACCCCCCGCCCCUAUUGUCCGGUGCCAAAGGUGAAUUUGCGAGAAAUUCUAUUGAAUUCGAAACCUGAAGGCACACAUUUAUUGAAAAUCUACAACUCGCGCAAGUCCUUCAACAGGGCAGAGAGAAGGAUUUUAGUCAAUGUUAUUGUAAUGUACUACAUGCGAAAUGAACUGAGAUUCGAUUUACAGACUAGCUAUGCUCUAGAGGCGGCAAUUUUAAAAAUGUUUCCCACCGAGCGCUUGGAAAUGUAUCGCAAGUCCAAACGUGGCAGUCUCUAUUCCAAAUACAUGAACGCCAAAACAGCCAUAUUUUCCAGCCAUAAGACACGUACAUCUAAAUUGAGCAAAGCCCCAUCUGCUGACGACAAUGAGGAUACGAUAGAUGGCAGCGAUGUGGAUACAUUGAAUGCCAACGAGCUAAAAGGAACAACAAUUCCAAAUAUGGUUGAACCAACUGUCCGGAAUGCAACUUUAGACAACCAGAGUGAUGAAUUCGACCUAGCGCAGGAGUUUCUUGAUAUUUUGGAGGACGAUAAUGGGAACACUAAGAGUAAUCUUAUAAGGCCAAAAGUUGAAGCAGAAGUUGAUUCAGAUAUACCAAUACAAACUGCCUAUAGGCUGCAUAGGGAAAUUAUUGUUAUACGAAGUCCAUUUUCGUAUAAAGAAUUCCUUGAACAAGCUUGUAAUGCCUACAGUAUUCCCAAUAUCGAAGAUCAUUAUCUGACUGUUAAUGAUUGUGAAAUCAGUGAGAUGGAAUUCAGACGAGUCAUCAUCCAAUAUUACAAAUUGCCAACAUUUUUUGUGGAAAUUAAACAGAAAUCCUCUCUCCCUAAUCAACUAAACUUUGACGACAAUGAAGAUGAGGUGGCAUCAACCAAAGUAGCUACUAUCCAAAUAGCAACCGAUUAUUUGCCCAGUGCUGAGGAAAUACUCAACCUUCCAGCAUUAUUGCCUACAGUAGCAGGCAUGAAUUUAGGCAAACCCUUGGAAAAUAGGCAUCGAUCAAACAUAGCCAAUGCCGUUAUGGACGAAUGCUUGUCAAUGCAACCGAAUAGGGCCCUAAAAAGACAAGAUUUUCUGAUUCUUGCUCAAAAUAUUUGCCAAGCAUUUCCCAAUGAGGAGGAAUCGACAUAUUUCGUACCAAGCCAACCAAAAAAUCCGGCCAGAGGCAAACUCUGGUGUGCCUACAAUAAAAAAAGAAACUUUCUUUUACACAAUGGCAUGGCAAACAGACGUUUUCCUAAGACACAACAUAAAAAGGAUUCCCAUAUAGAGCAAGAUGCCAAUCAAAGUGGAGCUGAUGAAGAAGACUCCAUAGAUUUUUCAGAAAAUACUACCAUGGACUGGGAUUAUUUAAUGGUGAAGUGGUCGGAAACAUUUGAACAUCGCUGUCUAGAACUAAAAGAAGAGAAACUAACACCAUAUGAAUACAUGGAACGAUAUUCCAUCUUACGGACACCUCUGGGUACAACACUUAUGGAAAUUGAUGUUCAUAAUCGAUAUCCCAAAGCUUUAACCAUCCACAAUUGGAUGAAGCUAAAUGAAAGAGUUAUUGAGAAGGCCAAGGAAAUCAAAAGAAAAUGUCAGCCGCUAACUGAAAUUCUUAAAUCCAUAGAAGGGAGCAAAGCAGAGAAUUAUAGAGCGGCUUUGUCUCUACUUCUUAUACCAUAUAUACUUCCCCAUAAUGGGCGCAAAAGUGAAUUAACCAGUGAGAGAGCUUCCAAAUGGGAAAUCCAACAAAGAUUUAUAAAGGAUUACAAGAGUUUGGAUGAAUUGCGCGAGGAACCCAAACCCACGGAUUUACAAAUUCGCUUCGUCCAUAGCCAUCCACAGAUAAUCUAUACUGAAUUUGGUAUAAGUGGCUUUAUAUUUCAAUUUUCCAAUUUGUUGGAGUCUUUAAAUUCUCUGUUCCAUUACAUGAUUGCCAUGAAUAUUGAAUAUCCCAAAUCUUGCAAUCACGUUUGGCAGUUUGUACAAUGUGCAAUUUUUGAUAUAAAAGAAAUAGGAAAUAAGUUAUCAUGUGUUGAUAGUACUCUAAAGGACUUACUUUUAGCAAAUUAGAAGAAAGGAAUAGUAAAAAUGUCAACAGAAUUUAGCUACAGACGUGUAGAAGUAUGAAAUUGCUUCAUUCUGCAGUAUGCUGCUAAGAUGCGAACGUUAAUAGCCGAUUGACUAUAGCAUACAGAGAAAUUUGACACGAAUUGUAGUGCAGAGUAACGUACAAGAGAACGGAACUAUAGGUUUAAGAGAUAUUGGGAUCUGAUAUUUUUUCUUAUUGGAGAUGCGAUCUGAUCCUUUGAUAUAAGACCUAAAUGGCGACGGGUAUUUGGCAUACGUUUUUGGACAUAAGUUCCUUAGGAUAAAAGUCUAUGACGGCGUUGUUAGUAGCUACAACAGGUGACAAAUUCAUCAUGACACGCCACUCUCUCUUAUUGGCAAACAAAUUGAAAAACCCGAGUUUGAAGCCGCGUAUGUAGUUUACAAUCUGCGCUUCCGACACGGGAUAGCUGUGAGCACCACGCUGGAACUUUGAGCUCCAACAGCGUAUCGAGUGGAGAGUGUCAGUGAGAGGCCGAGUGGCACCGGCUCUUGCAUAAAUACUGAGUGCCUAUGAUGCUCGAUAUGACAAGGCGGGUAAUUGGCGCCUUUAAAUAACCAAUGGCCGCCCUGUUCCCACGGCGAUCGGUCCUUUGGGCCGGAAUGAGCUUGCUAACCUACAGGAGCUUGACGAGAAUCAUUACCUCUACAUACAAAUGUGACUACCGGGUGAAUGUUGUCCUUGGAGAACGACCGCCUCCCGUUGCACCUGAAGAAAUUGACUUCACCUGGCAAACCAGAGUAGUUCUGGCUCAAUUACGAUCCGGGAGAUGCAGCAGCCUCAACUCCUACAGAGCAAGGAUUGAUGCCGACGUGCAAGAUGUAUGUUCCGUUUGUGACCACACGACACACGUCACCUAUUUAACUGCCCAGCCAGACCCACUCUACUCAGACCCAGAUCCCUCUGGACGCACCACAUCUUAGUCCUCCACAAAUGUGGCUACAACAAAAACAACAGUCUGUGCUUAUAGUAGAUGCUCUAACUUUUUUCUUUGGUUCUGCCAACUUUUAAACACUAUGUAUAUUUUUAUGAUUAAUAAGAUAUAUGUCUAGAGGUCUGGAUUAAUUAACAUCAGUCUUUAGUCCUAAUCUCGUAGAAUAAAGCUUUAUGUGGUCCAAGCCCACAAGGGCAUUUUAUUGUCACUUCUGUGAUCCUAAGUGAUCGCCAUAAAUAACACACUACGAAUCCCAACUUAAGAGGGGUUUGAACCUGUCUGCUAAGCAGACGAAGUUAAUAUAGUUUAAGUAGCAGAAAUCCGAAGUAGCUGUGCAGAAUGGUUAGAAUGUUGUGUCUAGUUUGUUGUUGUUGUUGGUGUUGUAGCAGUGUAUUGUACACCGAGGUGGGAGCCCUUGCCGAUGAAGGAUUCCAUCGGGUCAAUCCGGUACGUACAACCGGCUGCCAUGGGUUUGUUGUUGUUAAGCAGUGUGUUGUACAUUGAGGUGUCAGCCCUUGCUGGGUUAGAGCAAGGAUUUUGAAGGAAUCCAGAGAAACGGGUAGAUUUUUUUUUUAUCUCCUGAUGGAGGUGGUCCACGUGAGAACUGGGAAGACAGCCCAUCACAGUUUGAAAAGCGCAUUCACAUAGCUGAUGGGCGCAGCAUAAUGUUUCGCAUAUGAUAUGAUCUCAAUGCCGUCUAUAGGGGGUGAAUAGAAUAUACAAUAGGUUUCCCGCCUUGGGAAACUGUGUUCCACUCUAGUGGGUAUCGACUUUUGAUCUCUUAAUUCCAUAAACGAUUGGCGACCACACAAAUAAUUCGUAACCCAGCGUUUCAGGCCUGGCUCGAGGGACUUGGUGGUGAUGUCCUUAAAUAGUUUGGCAUGGUAAGCCAUGGGGUAUCGAUAUUUUAUCUCUAAAUUGCAUAAUCGAUUGGCGACCACACAGAUAAUUCGUGACCCGGCGUUUUAGGC